CAGCAGCAGCAGCAGAAGCAGCAGCAGCAGCGUCGGAGAAAGUCAAGUGAAGUGAAGUGAAGUGAAACCAGCCGAAACCAGCCCUUAUCUGGAAUAACCCAACGCGCGUCCCCGUGUCUCCACAGGUUUGCUCCUUUGUUGUUUUGAUAACUGGAGGCAAGGAUGGCAAUGCAAAUGGGCGAGCCCAACAGCGGCAUGGUGAAGGUGGCAGAGUGGCAGGAGACCAGGUACGGCAUAGACUCGGGCAUCCAGUCUGGAGCGAACACGGUCAGAGAUGACGACGGCGAGUACACCACCUCCAAGCACUACACCAUGACCACCACUGUCACAAGUGAACAGCCUGACAUCGACGCACACUACACCAGAGCCCAGAGGGUGCGUGCUGCAAUGUUCCCAGAGACGCUGGAGUCGAGCACCACCAUCCUGUCGACUCAGACGGACCCGUCCCAGAUGACCAACGUCCAGCGGCUGGCGGAGCCCUCCCAGAUGCUCAAGACCGCGAUCAUCCAUCUGAUCAACUACCAGGACGACGCAGAGCUGGCCACACGCGCCGUGCCUGAGCUCACCAAACUGCUCAACGAUGAAGACCAGGUUGUGGUCGGCAAGGCAGCACAGAUUGUCAACCAGCUUACCAAAAAGGAGGCGUCGCGGCGUGCGCUGAUGCAGUCCCCUCAGAUGGUGGCGGCGGUGGUGCGGGCGAUGCAGAAUACCAGCGACAUGGAGACAGCGCGGGCCACAGCCAGCAUCCUCCACAACCUGUCCCACCAGAGGGAGGGCCUGCUCUCCAUCUUCAAGUCCGGAGGCAUCCCGGCUUUGGUUCGCAUGCUCAGCUCUCCCAUGGAGUCUGUGCUCUUCUACGCCAUCACCACCCUCCACAACCUGCUGCUGCAUCAGGAAGGAGCCAAGAUGGCUGUUCGUCUGGCCGACGGCCUGCAGAAGAUGGUUCCCCUUCUGAAGAAGAGCAACCCCAAGUUCUUGGCCAUCACCACGGACUGUCUGCAGCUGCUGUCUUAUGGCAACCAGGAGAGCAAGCUGAUCAUCCUUUCCAACGGGGGUCCAGAGGGUCUUGUUCACAUCAUGAGAAACUACAGCUAUGAGAAGCUGCUGUGGACCACGAGCCGUGUGCUCAAAGUCCUCUCCGUGUGCCCCAGCAACAAACUCGCCAUUGUAGAGGCCGGCGGGAUGCAGGCUCUGGGUCAACACCUCACGGGCUCCAGCCAGCGUCUGAUGCAGAACUGUCUGUGGACACUCAGGAACCUGUCUGAUGCUGCUACCAAGCAGGAGGGUAUGGACAGCCUUCUGCAGGUUCUGGUGGGCCUGCUUAGCUCAGACGAUCUCAACAUGCUCACUUGCGCCACCGGCAUCCUGUCGAAUCUCACGUGCAACAAUGCCCACAACAAAACUCUGGUCACCCAGGGCAACGGUGUAGAGGCGCUGAUCCACGCCAUAUUGCGAGCCAGUGAGAAGGAGGAUGUGACUGAGCCUGCCGUCUGCGCUCUGCGCCACCUGACAUCACGCCACCAGCAGGCUGAGGUGGCACAGAACGCUGUGAGGAGACACUACGGCAUCCCCGCCAUCGUCAAGCUGCUCAACCAGCCCUACUACUGGCCCGUCAUCAAGGCUGUGGUUGGUCUGAUCCGCAACCUGGCCCUGUGCCCAGAGAACCAGGCCCCUCUGAGGGACGCUGGAGCGAUCCCCCGUCUGGUCAACCUGCUGCUCAAAGCCCACCAGGACGCCCAGAAACAUGGCUCAUCCUCCCAGCAGACGUACCAGGAUGGCGUGAGGAUGGAGGAGAUUGUGGAGGGCUCCACAGGAGCUCUGCACAUCCUGGCAAGAGAUCCCAUCAACAGAGCAGAGAUCGCCAACCUGCAGACCAUCCCUCUGUUUGUUCAGCUCCUCUACUCUCCAGUGGACAACGUGAAGCGCGUUGCCGCGGGCGUCCUGUGCGAGCUGGCCCUGGACAAACCUUCAGCAGAGCUCAUCGACAGCGAGGGAGCGUCGGCUCCGCUGAUGGACCUGCUGCACUCCAACAACGAGGGCAUUGCUACUUACGCUGCAGCUGUGCUCUUCCGCAUCUCCGAGGAUAAGAACUCCGACUACAAGAAGCGGGUGUCUGUGGAGCUGACGCACUCUCUGUUCAAACACGACCCCCAGUCCUGGGAGCUGGCCCACAACAGCGUCCCCAUAGAAGGACCCUAUCAAGAUGAGAUAGAUAAUGGUUUCCAAGGAUACGGGUAUGCAGGUGACAUGCCCAUAGACGGCAUGGAAGGAGGAAUGAUGCAGGACGAUUACCCUAGCAGCAUGGCCUACGAAAGACAAGGGUACAAUGAAUAUUAAAGACCCUGAGGAGACAAAGAUGUGGAAAAGGAAGCGGAGGAGCUGACAUGGAACAUACUGGGACAAAGAAGAGAAUAAAAGCGUCAGUAGAGAUUAUUCCCUCUGCUCUCAGCCUGAUGUAAUAUAUGCAAUUAUCACUGAGUACGGGACUCAUAAUCUUAACAGGGCUCAACUAUGUUUUAAAGCAUAAUUUUGCUGAUUAUAACUUUGACGAUGCUUGUAGGUUUCUAUUAGAGAACCUUUUUAAGAGUGCGUGUGUGUGUGUGUGUGUGUGUGCAUGUGAGUAUGUGAGUAUGUGUGCGAGUGUGUCUGCGUGUCUGCGUGUGUUUACGCUUUUGGGUGGGUAUUCUAUGCCAAAGAGAUUUUAUUUUGUGAUGAUAAUCGUGUAGCUUCCUCCUUUUCUUUUCUUUCUUUUUUUUGUAAAGAAAAGAGGAAAAAACAACGAGAGUAAUAGUUGAAAACACUGCCAGAGGAGGCUCAAAACGUGCACAGUGCACGUGCUCACUGCUCUGUUUCUUUCUUAACGCCUUAGUAACAGUCACUGCUGUCUACCAUGUAGUUCUGACACUAUAUACUGUCGACUUUCUCCCGCUGCGACCCAACUGUGGAGUCGGUGAAGAGUUAGUUUCGCAGCACUAAUUCAGUAGGAGUGAGCAAACUAGGAGAUGGAGGUCUUUGACAGACCCCUGAGGGAGCAGUGUAAGGCUGCCCCCCCCCACACCCCCCACGGUUGUUUGUUUUCAGGAAUGUGGUCAUCUUUUAUACGUUAUUCACAACCGGAACAUCAACAAAGAAGUCUUUUGUUAUGAAUAGAAUUUAGAGAAAACAUUGUAUUUGUAAUCAAUUCCAGGAGGAGAAGAAGAAGAACAACAUGGAUACAGUGGUUUUGCAGAUGUUUUUAACGGAUCAUUAAGUCAACAGGUGUGAUGAUAUUGUUGGGGGUGGCACUACAGCUGGAGCAAACUACUGACAGGGAAAUUUGUCUUUCUACGUAAUAAGAGUUUUUACUGAAAUUUUGUUUAAUAAAAAUAAAGGAUAUAUUAAACGCAA